AUGACUGAAGGUAAGAAACAUAAUAUACCCUCUUCUGCUGUCGGGUCCCCUUCUUCUGGGUCUCCCUCCGAUGGAUCAGAGUACGUCGAAUUGUGGAUCGACCUGUUUUUGGUCAAAAAGGGCCAUGAAUACUUCUGCGAUAUAGACCCAGAUUACAUCACAGAUCGGUUCAAUCUGAUGAACUUGCAGAAAACCGUCAGCAAGUUCUCAAUGGUAAUACAGUACAUUGUCGACGAAUUGGACGAGAACGCCAUUGCAAACAUGUCCCAAUCGAAAUUGGAACAAUUGGAAAUCGACAGCAAGAAAACUUAUGGUAUGAUCCACGCAAGGUAUAUCAUCACUACAAAGGGUUUACAAAAAAUGGCUGGCAAAUAUAAGAAUUCUGAUUUCGGUAGGUGUCCUCGAGUCUAUUGCAAUGGCCAACCGUUGCUUCCGAUCGGAUUGUCUGAUAUCCCAGGUGUCGAGAGUGUCAAACUGUACUGUCCAGCUUGCGAAGACAUUUAUCUGCCAAAAUCAACCAGACACAACUCUAUCGACGGUGCUUAUUUCGGCACAAGUUUCGCAGGUAUGUUUUUACAAACGUUCCCUGAACUGGUACCAAGACAUCCAGUCAAAAAAUACAUACCAAAGGUCUUUGGCUUCCAAUUGCACAAACAGGCACAACUGGCCCGUUGGCAAGAACUACAAAGGUCCAAACUACAAGGAAGAUUAACCGAUUCAAAUAUCAAUUUGAACAAAAAUGGAGGUUACAAAUCAUAG